AAAAGUAUCUAUCUCUUCAAUAAUGGCUUCCAAAACCAUUUCCUUUGUGUUAUUGUCCCUCUUAACAUUGAGCCAACUUAUGCAUCUUUCCUUGGGGCAGACCGUCAAAGCGGCAUAUUGGUUCCGAGCCAGUGAAUUCCCUCUAGCUAGCAUUGAUUCCACGUUAUUCACUCACCUAUUCUGCGCUUUCGCAAAUCUCGAUUCCAACUCCAACCAACUUGUUAUAUUGCCUCCAGACCAAGAUUCCUUCUCCAAGUUCACACAAACCAUGAGACAAAAGAACCCUUCUGUCAAAACUUUGAUCUCUAUCGGCGGUGGAAGCGCCGACAAAUCUGUUUACGCCUCCAUGGCUAGCCAGGUUGGGAAGCGUAAGACAUUCAUUGAUUCAUCGAUCAAUUUGGCUAGGACUUAUGGCUUUCACGGCCUUGAUCUUGAUUGGGAAUACCCAACAGAUAGCACUCAAAUGACCAAUUUCGGAACUCUAAUUGAUGAGUGGCGUGUAGCAGUUGCAGCCGAGGCUAGGAACUCGGGUAAAGAGGCUCUUCUUUUGACAGCAGCGGUCUCCUUUGGGCCGAAAGUUGACGGGUUGUUGAGCUAUCCUUAUUCCUCAAUAACCAAAAGUUUAGACUGGAUUAAUGUUAUGUCUUAUGACUUUUAUGACCCUAAUCGUGCCAAUGAUAGAGCACAAACAAAAGAACAUGCAGCUCUAUAUGACCCCGAUAGUUCAAUAAGUGGAAGAAAUGGAAUAAGGGAUUGGAUCCAAACCGCCGGGGUGAAUUGGAAUAAGAUUGUUAUCGGGAUACCCUAUUAUGGGUAUGGUUGGAAGCUUGUAAACCCUAAUAACCACGGGCUUUUAGCCCCGGCAGAUGGCCCGUUUAGGAGUGGCGAUUCUUCAAUUGGGUACAAUCAGAUCAAGGAUUUUAUCACACAAAACAGAGCAUCUUCUGUUUAUAAUGCCACAAUCGUCGCGGAUUAUACUUAUGCGGGUACUACAUGGAUUGGUUACGACGGUACUCAAAGUGUUCAAGCCAAGGUCACUUAUGCGAAGAGUAAAGCGUUGCGCGGUUACUUUGCGUGGCAUGUUGGUGCGGAUUACAACUGGGAGCUUUCCAAAACCGCUUCACAAACAUGGGGAUGAUGAUGAAUAUCUGAAGGAUAGACUCGAAGGGUAAUAAUAAAUAAACAGCAGGAGCUAGCUCUUUCAUUUCAAAUAAAACUUUCAAACUGUUUAUGAUCUCAAUUCAUUAUAUUAUAAUAAGAAGAU